AUGCGUCACAGCAAAGCUUUCCUUCCCCUCUCUCUAGCCUCCCUAGGAGCAGCAGAGAUAGUCGGCCAGUGGACAGCCUGGUCCCUCGCCCGCACCUGUACCCCUGAAGGCAGCUCCUGCACCUACCACCUCGUCCUCGUCCCAGGUCCGGAAUCCGAUUUCAUCACCUGCGACUGGACCGUCGACUCUACCAGUAACUUCAAACCCGCGUACCAAACCGACUUUGUCGAAGCAAAAUGCGGAGACAACCUUUCCCUAAACGGGGGCUGGAGCAGCAUGGGGUUCAUCACCAUCGUGCCCACCGACAAAGCAGCCAAUGUCUACGCCUUCUUCGACUUCACCGACGCCGAGCUCGCAGACGGGCAGGUUGCGUCAUCAAGACAAAGACCUGCCUACCGAGUCGGCACUUUUGGCGAGAAGGAGCACCCUGACGUGGGGCUGGGUAUGUCGAAAAAGAUGGUGAGGAGACUAAGCCGUGGUGUUGUCCAGCAGCAUGGCGGCUCCUUGUCAGCAUCCAAACCGACAAAGGUAAAGAGGCGGGAUAUAACCAUGAGUGAUCAACUGCGAAAGCACAUCUCGGCGAUGUAUGCCUCCAGCCAGCAGCUUCACGGGCCAAAGAUCAACAACGGCCAGGAGAGACACCGCCUCGGCACCCGUAACGACAACCCAGAAACAUGGCAAAUCCACUCCCUCACCCGCCGUAAACCCUCCCACCCCCAAGUUUCCUCCCCCUAA